AGACGACCUCGAGAUUGCCUCGAAAUGGCCCCAAGAUGAUCCCGUGAACCCUCCGUAGCCAUUUUGGCUCAAGCUGGCUCGGGAGCAUGAAUUUAUAAUCCAUAAUUUCUUGGCCAUUUCGUGAGGUGUAGAUGCACAUAGACUGGACUUCCGAGCGAUGGCAAUCGGGGGUGGCGACGACGCCUUCAACACAUUCGUCUCCGAGACGGGUGCUGGCAAGCACGUUCCUCGUUGUGCGAUGGUGGAUCUUGAACCCAACGUGGCCGACGAAAUCCGCACCGGCACGUGCCGCCAGCUUUUUCACCCCGAGCAGCUGAUCUCUGGGAGGGAGGACGCGGUCAUGCACUUCGCGCGCGGCCACUACACGAUCGGCACGGAGAUCGUCGACCUGGGCUUGGACCGCAUUCGCAAGCUCGCCGACAACUGCCUCGGUCGCCACAACGGUGGUGGAGCCUUACGACAUUGUGUGAGUGUACUCUUUGCUGGAACACACGGGCAUCACUAGCAUGUGCGACAAUGACCGUUGAUUGUUGACACCGGUGGCGACGGUGCCUUCUGUCUCGUCUGUUCCUCAUGGCACGGGGCUGCCGUUGCUGAGCUUCCCGUUGCCACUCUGCGGUGGUGGGUCGCUGGGGCGUGGCGCCUUCGGCGGCCGUUGCCGACCUUCCCUUUGCCACGCAUCCACGUGGUAGUGGGUCGCUGGGGCAUGCCGUCUUCUUGCUGUUCGGUCGGGCUGGGGCGGCUUGGUGGCGGCCUUUGGUGGGACGGCGGCACGUUGCUGCUGGCUGGCGCUCUCCGCUGAGGCGCCGGCGCAGUGCCGGCGCUCCCUGGGCACGCCGCCGGACCGGCACCCCAGAGAGCUGGCCGACGCUGCGCUGGUGAGCUGCUGGCCAGGUGGCUUGUUCACGAGUGGGCCAAUACGAUUUCCAUUUUCAGUCAAGAAAGAAUUUUAGUAGACUAUGGGCUGUGGUAAGGGGCCAAUCUGGCUUUAGCAUCUGUGCGAUCAAACAAGCCUCCAGCGUGUGCCCAGGCCCGCACUGAGGCAGGAGAGUUUCGACACCUUCCUGUAUGCUUUCCGCAUGCACGACAAUGAAGCAUUGUUCGAUAUCUUCAGGCGGAAUCUCGACAUCGACGGCUCCACCUACACGAACCGGAACAGACUUUUGGCCCAGGUCAUAUCCUUGCUGACGGCGUCGCUGCGCUUUGACGGCGCGCUCAAAGUGGACGUCACGGAGUUCCGGACGAACUUGGUGCCAUACACGCGCAUCAAUUUCAUGCUCUAGGGCUACGCACCAGCGAUCUUUGCAAAGAAGGCCUACCACGAACAGCUCUCUGUGGCGGAAGUCAUGUCUGUGUUCGACCCCUCGGCCAUGUAUGUCAGGUGCGACCCCCGCCACGGCAAGUACAUGUCGUGCUGCAGGAUGUACCGAGGCGACGUAGUGCCCAAGGACGUGAUCGCAGCGGUUGCGACAAUCAAGACGAAGCGCACAAUUCAUUUCGAAGGAAUUUGCUGCCUUAAUGGGUUCAAGGUCGGCAAAAAACUACCAGCCGCCCAACGUGGUGCCUGGGACUUGGCUAAGGUGAUGCGCGCG